UCUGCCGGCGAAGACGAAGCAGAACAGCUGUGAGUGUUGUGUAAACGCAGGCCGUCAGAAAAUUUGGCCGCACGCAUUUUUCAUAAUUGUAAAUAAGUAGUUUUAAAUUUAAAUUUAAGACAUGUUGCACAUAUUGCGUCAGCGCCAUGCAGCAUUUGCAAGUGCCGCUCAACGUUGCUUACACACUACCACCUGCCGGCCGGGUUAUAUUGUCCUUGUUCCUGAGAUCGGAGAAGAGGGUCAAUUGGGCGAGGGAUUGCUUAUGCCAAAUGGAUUGCCGGCAUUUACCGACAUUACCAUCGAGAUGUGCCUUGGAGCCAUUGGACAGCAGGCGGCCGCUGUGGAAAAAUCAGUGAAAGCCCUAGAGCUGGACAUAAAAAAUGGGAAGAAACUGCAAGGCGCCGAUAUAUACAGUGAACUUGAUACAGUAACAGCCCCAUUGGAGACCACGUGGGGUGUGGCUAAGGCACUUUAUCUCGGUAACAGCACGCUGAUACCCACAAAAUCAUAUAUGAACAUACACGAGCGGGCGCGCAAUGCACGUGCUGCCAAGUUCUGUAACAAAACGGUGUAUACCGCCCUAAUGCAGCAAGAGGAUCAAAAGGGCGAGGCGGAAGAACGAUUGCGUCAGAAAUUCCUGCUUGAAGGCAAAUUGAAUGGCCUGGCGCUGAGCAAAGACGGCCAGGAUGGGCUCAAAGAAUUGCUAACACAGCUGGGACGGGAGCGUGGUAACUUUAAGAACAAGGUUAAUAUGGCUGUGCAUGCAUUUGCGCAUGUGGUUAACGAUUUUCAGCUUGUUCGUGACUUUCCGGACACAUUAUUGGAAGCCAUGGCGCGAGAUCCCAAACAAUCACUCGAAGGCCCUUGGAAAAUAACGCUACAACAGCCAAUUGUUGAAGGCUUUCUGAAGUAUUGUCCCGAUCGUCUGCAGCGGUGGAAUGUGUGGCGUGCCAAUGCUCUCAAGGCAUCGCAGCAGCAAGAUAAAGCACUAGAAAACAGCACGCAUCUGGAGAAAAUCCGUGCCUUGCGCAAGCGACAGGCCAAUCUUCUGGGCUAUACCAACUAUGCAGACAUGUCCAUGCAGACCAAAAUGAUCGGCAGUGUGGACAAUCUAAAGCAAAUCUUUGCCCAAUUACUAAAAUUUGCAGGCCCCGCACAGAGCGUAGAGAUAGACGAGAUACAAAAGUUUGCCAGUGCUAACGGUGCUGAACACAAGCUAGAGGCGUACGAUGUUAGCUACUGGGCUCGCAAAAAACUCAUAGCCGAACAUCAGCUGCUGGAAGAUAAGCUGCGAGAAUAUUUUCCACUGGGUCGUGUGUUCUCCGGAUUGUUUGCACUGAGCGAAAAGCUAUUCAAUAUCCGUAUAGUAGAGCAGCCCAAGACUGAGGUCUGGCAUCCGGCAGUCAAGUUCUUUAAUGUGUACGAUGGCGAUGCCAGUAACAGUUCAACACCGGUUGGUGGCUUCUAUGUCGAUUGCUAUUCCAAACAGCACAAGUUUGGUCGCAACAGUGGCUGGAUGGUUGGCAUACGGAAUAGCAAUAAAACAGCUGGCCUUACUCCGCUAUGCGCACUUAUCUUUAAUUUUACAGAUCCGACACCGGACAAGCCUACGCUUUUGGGCUACGAUGACUUGCAAAUGGUAUUCAAGACUUUCGGUACGGCCUUGCAGCAUCUGCUGACCCAGGCGGGCUAUAGCGACUUGGCAGGUCUCUCCAACAUUGAGUGGGAUGCCUCACAAGUGUCCGGCUAUGUGAUGAGCAAUUUUCUGGACGAUGCGGCAGUGUUGCAGACUUUGUCUGGUCACUAUGCCAAUGAUCAAAUAAUUGAUGCCGAUCUUGCGAAGAAGACACGUUUGCUGAAAACACAAUUGGCUGGCCAUAAACUAUGCCAGGAAUUGUAUUUAGCUGACUUGGAUGUGGAGUUACAUCGCUCUACCGCCUUUUGGUUGGAUGUCGUGCGCAAGAUUUGGCCAGUGUAUCAAUGUAUGCCGCUAGAUAAGAAGGACGCGCAUCCCUGCUCCUUGACCGACAUAUUUGCUGGCGACUGGGCGGCCGCACAUUUUAGUCAUCUGUAUUCCAAGCUAAUUGCCGCUGAUAUCUCGAGUGGCUUUGCGGAGCAGCGCAGCGAUGAAAACUACGCCACAGUGGGUAAACGUUAUAAGCAAACAUUUCUCAGCUAUGGCGGCUCGGUGCCUACGGCGGAAGUAUUCCGUCGUUUUCAGGGUCGCGAUCCGUCAGUGGAGGCGCUACUUAAAUCGCUGGGCAUAUUCAUUACUUCGCAGACCACCGAGCACAAUUAAAGUGUCAUCGUGACCAGAAUUCAACGUUAUCUGUUGUUAACCAUUAGCUUAGAUAGUGAUUGGCAUUAAUAAAUCGAUUUGCGAGUUGGUCGCGUUGGAUUAUCUGAUUAUCGAGUCAAUAAACAACACCUUAUCGUGCAUGUUGAGGUGUACCUCAAUGUUCAUGACCGAUUUUGUCUGGCAACAGUUUCUUUAUUUAAAUAAUACUUUACUAAUAAAUUGAGUAAAUUUUAUAACA